AUGUCUUUGUUAGGAAAUGAGACAUAUAACAAUGGGGGAGAAUUUGAGGUUGGUCAGCAGUUUGACUCAUUGCAACAACUGAAAGAUGCUGUGAAAUCUUACUCCAUAGCUAGAAAUCAAACAAUUCGAGUUGUGGAGGCAGAGCCAGAGAAAUAUGUUGUUGAGUGCAAGAGGAAAGAACAAUGUAGUUGUUCGUGGAGGCUUAGAGGAGUGAAAGAUCCAACACUCUCUACGUUUAAAAUUGUGAGGUACAACGGCCCUCAUGCAAGUAACUGUGUUGGUGACAUCGACUCGGGAGAUCAUAAGCUACUGACUUCCGAGUUCGUUUGCAAUGCUCUUCUAGAUGUCAUUCGCGUUGAUCCUUCAUUGAAAAUCAAGACAAUGGUGCAACUUGUGAAAGAGAAAUUUGAUGGAUUCCAAAUAACCUACAAGAGAGCAUGGCUAGCGAAACAAAAGGCAAUAAAACUCAUUUAUGGGGAUUGGGAGGGUUCAUAUGAACAGUUGCCUAAGUACAUGCAAGCUCUCAAGGAAUCAAAUCCUGGAACUGUUGUUGAGUGGAGGUUGUUAGAGUGUACGGUUCCUGGAACACAUGUUUUUCAACGAGUCUUUUGGGCAUUCAAGCCAUGUAUUGAUGGAUUCCGUCACUGCAGACCCCUUAUCACCAUUGAUGGCACUCAUUUAUAUGGAAAAUACAAAGGCACUCUACUCAUUGCUAUGGGAACGAAUGCCAAUUUUCAACUAUUCCCCCUUGCUUUUGCGGUUGUCGAAGGAGAGAACAAUGAUAUUUGGUCUUGGUUCAUGGCUUGUAUUCGUGCUCGAGUUACAGAUAGGAAAGGGCUAUGUGUGAUAUCUGAUAGACAUGCUGGUAUUUUAGCAGCAAUGGAAGAAGUUGGAAGUGGUUGGGAGGAGCCCAAUGCCUACCACAAGUACUGUACACGACACUUGGCUUCUAAUGUGAACUCAAAAUUUAAAAGUGUCGUCAUAAAGAACCUCUUUGGCAAAGCAGCUACUGCAAGGCAGAAGAAGAAGUUUGAUUACUACAUCAACAAAAUUGGUGACUUGAAUGUAGAGGCCCGUUUGGUGUGA